CCGCGGCGAAGACAAUGAGGGCACGAUGGAUACCAGAGGCGACUUGAUUUCCGUCGGCCAAGUUACAAGAUGCUGUCGAUACAACUCAGAUCUAAGGAUAAAGCAUUGCCUAACUCAUAUCGCGCUCACAAUCAGAAACACACCUCAUCCCUUCCACAUUUUCCGUGGCAACAUCCCCCAACAUGAUCGCGCCAAACAACACCUCAGACGCUUUCUUCGCGAAAGCUGAGAAGCAUUUGAUGUCGACAGGCGUUCCUAUGUCCCCUGUCAUCAUCACCAAGGCCAAAGGGACUCGACUCUAUGAUGCCGAAGGCAGAUCCAUCCUUGACUUUACCAGCGGACAGAUGAGCUCGCUGCUAGGCCAUUCUCAUCCUGAGAUCGUCGAGACGGUCAAAAAAUAUGUUUCGGAGCUUGACCAUCUCUUGAGCAAUAUGGUGACUCAGCCUGUUGUGGACCUUGCUGAGCGUCUUGGCCGGUUACUCCCUGCUCCUUUGGAAAAGUCCUUCUUCCUCAAUACAGGUUCCGAAUCCACUGAAGCAGCUAUCAAGAUGGCCAAGCUGUUUACUGGCAAUUUCGAAAUCGUCGCGUUCUCCGCAAGCUACCACGGUCUCACCCAAGGUUCCGGGGCCGCCACUUAUUCUGCCGGGCGGAAGAAUGCGGGCCCUACCAUGCCCGGUUCGCUCGUGUUUCCCGCCCCCUAUGCCUACCGUUCGCCAUUCAGAAAAGCCGACGGCUCGUAUGACUGGGAGACUGAGAUGGAUUUUGCAUGGGCCAUGAUUGACAGACAGAGCGUUGGAUCGCUUGCUGCAUUCAUCAUGGAGCCCAUCCUCUCAACUGGUGGUAUUCUCGACCUUCCAAAAGGCUACCUCAAGCGUCUAAGCAUUGAAUGCAAGAACAGAGGUAUGCUCAUCAUUAUGGACGAAGCACAGACAGGUGUCGGUCGAACCGGCAAGAUGUUUGCGUUCGAACAUCACGGUAUCGUGCCUGAUAUUCUCGCUUUAUCGAAAACACUAGGCUGCGGUCUUCCUCUGGCAUCUGUCAGCACAACUGUUGAGAUCGAGAAGGGUUGCACCGAUGCAGGCUUCCUUUGGCUUACGACACAUCUUAACGACCCUCUUACUGCUGCUGUGGGUAACAAGGCGCUCGAGAUCGUUGAGCGUGACAACGUGUGCCAGGCAGCGACUGAGCGGGGUCAACAAUUAAGGAACGGUCUUCUCAAGCUUCAAGAGAAAUACUGGGUUAUUGGCGACGUCCGAGGUCUUGGCCUACUCCAGGGAAUCGAGAUCAUCUCGGACCCAAAUACCAAGGCGCCUGGAGCUGAUAUCGGUGCUGCAGUGUCAGACAAGGCUAUGGCUCUUGGCUUGUCCUGCAACAUUGUCAAUCUCCCUGGCAUGGGCGGGGUUUUCCGGCUAGCCCCUCCAGUCACUGUUACUGCAGAGGAGAUUGAUGAAGGACUUCAGAUUCUAGAUGAGGCAUUCAACCAUGUUUUGAGCUCACAGGGAAAGCUGAAAUGGGAGAAAGAGGCUGCAUGAUUCUGUCUUCCAAUCGUCCAUGUUGCCUCAAACAUUCCUAGGAAACCCGGC